GAUCCCAGACUCCGGCUCCUGUUCAUGGCUCCGCGGUCCCUUAGCCACGUUAUACUGUUGCUGGGUGGUGCAGUGGCCGUGCUGGGCUCCAUGCUCUUCUUUGUAUGGAAGGCCUACUUCAGCGACGGCAGCGGGAGGCGGCGGCGGCCCUGGUGGGAAGCAGAGCUGAGCCCCUAUGUGGGGGAGCUGGAUCCAGAUGAGCGACAAGUCCUGGUGUUGGGUCUGGAUGGGGCAGGGAAAAGCACCAUUCUUCACUGCCUCUCUGGUCAUGGAGCCAAAGAACGCAUGGCUCCCACCUGGGGUUUCAACUCUGUUCGGCUUCCCACUGAGAGCUUCCAAAUGGAUUUGCUAGAGGUUGGUGGCAGCCAGAACCUACGGUUUUACUGGAAGGAGUUCCUGAGCCAGGCGGACGUGCUAGUGUUUGUGGUAGACUCUGCUGACCGGCUACGGCUGCCUUGUGCUCGGCAAGAGCUGCAUAUGCUAUUGGCGGAAGAUCCAGACCUGCCUGUGGUUGUGGUAGCCAAUAAACAGGACAAGAGUGAGGCCUUGAGUGUGGCUCAACUGCAGCAAGAACUGGACCUGCAAGCCUUUGGCCAGCGUGAAUUCUUCUUGCUGCCAGCCAGCAUUCCCCCGGCUGGGCCAGGCUCUUCACCCCCAAGUAUUCACCAUGUCUGGACACUGUUGUUGGACCUUCUCUCCCAAGCUUGA